UGCCUGUCUUUUGUGACUCAACCCUCCACAAAAUUCAACUUCCUUGUGACAAAACUUCAAAUCGCGCAACAAGUCUGCUAGAUCUCUGGUAUUCCUGCUGCCACCAUGAGCAUUGAUUUCCCGAAGGAGGAGGAGAACGUCCUUCGGCGGUGGAAAGAGAUCAAAGCUUUCGAGAGACAAGUUAAGCUGUCUGCAUCAAGACCGCUUUACACUUUCUACGAUGGGCCACCAUUUGCUACCGGUCUACCACAUUAUGGCCACCUUCUCGCAUCCACGAUCAAGGAUAUCAUCCCGCGAUACUGGUCGAUGAAAGGUUUCCAUGUUGAGAGGAGAUUCGGCUGGGAUACGCAUGGUCUACCAAUUGAACACGAAAUUGACAAGAAGCUUGGAAUCUCGGGCAAAGACGCUGUAAUGAAGCUGGGGCUUGCGAAGUACAACGAGGAGUGUCGAGCUAUUGUCAUGCGUUUUUCUGCGGAGUGGAGAGAGACUAUUGACAGGCUAGGUCGAUGGAUUGACUUUGACAAUGACUACAAGACCAUGGACCCGAAUUUUAUGGAGUCGGAGUGGUGGGUGUUCAAGCGCAUAUUCGACAAAGGUGCUGUUUAUCAAGGAUAUCGUGUGAUGCCAUACUCGACAGCGCUUACCACGGCGCUCAGCAAUUUUGAGGCAAACCAAAACUAUCAAGAUAUCACGGAUCCCGCCGUUGUGGUGUCAUUUCCCUUGCUCGAAGACCCAUCAACAUCUCUCUUGGCUUGGACUACGACCCCAUGGACUCUUCCAUCUCACACCGGAUUGGCUGCGCAUCCCAACUUCGAAUACAUCAAGAUACACGAUGAGGCCUCUGGAAAAAACUAUAUUCUACUGGAAAAGCUGCUUGGAACACUGUAUAAGGAUCCCAAGAAAGCCAAAUUCAAGAUUCUCGAGAAGAUCAAGGGCAGUGAGAUGCUUGAUUGGAAGUACGAACCACUAUUCGAUUACUUCUACGAAGAAUUCAAAGACUACGGAUUCAAGGUCCUCAACGCCACUUACGUGACUGAUGAUAGUGGUGUUGGUAUCGUUCAUCAAGCACCAGCCUUCGGAGAGGAAGAUUACAAUGUGGCUAUGGAGGCUGGAACCAUCAGCGAACAGCGCCCACCCCCAAAUCCGGUAGAUGAACGAGGGCAUUUCACGUCCAAAGUAAGAGAUUUCGCCGGCCAGCACGUCAAAGCCGCCGAUAAAGCUAUCAUUAAGUACCUGAAGGGCACAGGCAGACUUGUUGUGGACUCGCAGAUUAGGCACAGCUAUCCAAUGUGCUACCGAUCAGACACUCCUCUCAUUUACCGAGCCGUCCCAUCCUGGUUCAUCAGAAUCCCAGAAAUUGUCCCGCAAAUGCUGAAGAAUAUUGAAGGUUCACAUUGGGUCCCUUCAUUCGUGAAGGAGAAGCGCUUUGCAAGCUGGAUCGCGAACGCACGUGACUGGAAUGUGUCAAGAAAUCGCUAUUGGGGCACUCCCAUUCCACUUUGGGUCAGUGAUGAUCUGGAAGAGAAAGUUUGUAUCGGCAGUAUCGCAGAGCUGAAGGAAUUGAGUGGUUAUAAAGGCGAUAUUACGGAUCUCCAUCGAGACAAAAUCGACCACAUCACCAUUCCUAGUAAGAUGGGCAAGGGCCAACUGAAGCGUGUUGAGGAAGUCUUCGAUUGCUGGUUUGAGUCUGGAAGUAUGCCAUACGCAAGCCAACACUAUCCAUUUGAGAACGAGGAGAAGUUUGCGAAGUCAUUCCCUGGAGAUUUCAUUGCUGAGGGCUUAGAUCAAACGAGAGGCUGGUUUUAUACACUGCUUGUCCUUGGCACACAUCUAUUCGGCGUCUCUCCCUUCAAGAACUGCGUUGUCAAUGGCAUAGUCUUGGCAGAGGAUGGUAAGAAGAUGUCAAAACGACUGAAAAACUACCCGGAUCCAAACAUCGUUAUGAGCAAAUAUGGCUCUGAUGCACUACGUUUGUACCUCAUCAACUCUCCUGUCGUACGCGCUGAGCCACUACGCUUCAAGGAGUCUGGUGUCAAAGAAGUUGUGGCUAAAGUCUUAUUGCCUCUAUGGAAUAGCUACAAAUUCUUCGAGGGACAAGUCACCUUGCUGAAAAAGAUCGAGAACGUUGAGUACUGCUUUGAUCCCGCUGCCGAAGCCACGAACACCAAUGUCAUGGAUCGCUGGAUCUUGGCAAGUUGUCAAAGCUUGCUUAAAUUUGUCAACGAAGAGAUGGCUGCGUAUCGUUUGUACACUGUAGUUCCCCGGCUCCUGGACCUCAUUGACAAUACUACAAAUUGGUACAUUCGAUUCAACAGAAAGCGCUUGAAGGGUGAGCUUGGUCUUGAGGAUACUCAGCAUGCUCUCAAUACGCUCUUUGAAGUUCUUUUCACUCUUGUGAAGGGAUUGGCACCAUUCACACCUUUCAUCACGGAUACGAUCUACCAGCGUUUGCUCCCACACAUCCCAAAGAACCUCCAAGGAGAAGAUCCCCGCAGCGUUCACUUCCUGGCGUUUCCAGAUGUCAGAGAAGAACUCUUCGAUGCCGAAAUUGAACGCCGGGUAGGUCGCAUGCAACGUGUCAUUGAACUGGCCCGAGUCUCGCGAGAACGCCGAACUGUCGGUCUCAAGACCCCUCUCAAGACUCUCGUCGUCAUUCAUCCCGAUCCUGUCUAUCUAGAAGAUGUCCGUUCUUUGGAAGGCUACAUCACAGAAGAGCUCAACGUGAGAGAUCUACUCUUGUCUUCGGACGAAGCGAAGUACAAUGUCCAAUACAGUGUCUCCGCAGACUGGCCAGUCCUGGGUAAGAAGCUGAAAAAGGACGUACAAAAAGUCAAGAAAGCAUUGCCCAGUCUGUCCAGUGAGCAGGUUCAUCAAUUCGUGUUGCAAAAAACGAUGGUCGUAGAUGGCAUUACACUGGAGGAAGGAGAUCUUGUUGUGAAGAGAGGUCUCAAAGAUGAUGAAUCUUCCAAGAAUCUGGAGACCAACACUGAUGAUGAUGUCCUCACUAUUUUGGAUGCUGAGAUCUACCCAGAACUCGCUGACGAAGGUUUGGCAAGAGAGAUCAUCAAUCGUGUGCAACGAUUACGGAAGAAGGCCGGACUUCAGCCAACGGAUGAUGUUAAGAUGGAGUACAAGGUGUUGUCUGAUCCGGACGACAUUGGACUUGCCAAGGCAUUUACUGGACAGGCACAGACUAUCGAAAAGGCUUUACGUCGCCCCAUUGAUCAUCAUGUCGUGACCGAGGUUGAUGGAGCGAUUCCAGACAAGCCACAGGAGGGAGUGAUUCUGGAGGAGGAACAGGAAGUCCAAAAAGCUGUGUUUUUGCUCAGAUUAUUGAAGCUAUAGACAUGUUCAUGAAUCAAGAAAAUUAUGAAGAACACUUUGUUAUGAUGAGCAUUGCAUGUAAUUUCUAAGACAAU